AUGAUCUCCUCCGCUUUGCUCUUCGCAGUUCCCUUUGCACUGCAGGCGAACGCGGCUUCGAUACCAGCUUCAGCACAAGCUAUCGGCCUGGACAUCAGUGCUACCCUCCAGAACAUCCUGGCGAACACUCAGCAAAGUGACGCCUACACAUAUCCUACCGACUUGACGAGAGGGAUUGUUGUGAAACCAAUUCACUCACACAACGAUUACUGGCGCGAUGUUCCAUUCUACUCGGCACUAUCCGUGGGCUGUGCCUCGAUUGAAGCCGACGUCUGGCUUUACAACGACACCCUCUACGUCGGCCAUGAGACCUCGGCCCUCACGCCGGCUCGCACGCUCGAUUCGCUCUACAUCCAGCCCCUUCUGGACACGCUGAAGCGACAGAACCCCUCCUCCGCAUUCGUCACGUCCCCGACCAAGAACGGCGUGUACGACACCUCCUCAGGCCAGACGCUGCUCCUGUUCAUCGACCUCAAGACCAACGGGACGACAACCUGGCCCGCCGUCGUCGCCGCACUCCAACCUCUCCGGUCGGCAGGCUACUUGACCACCUUCAACGGUACGGGCGUCACCGUGGGACCUGUGACCGUCAUCGGCACAGGCAACACCCCGCUGGAUCAAAUCGCACCGGUCCAACAGAGAGAUUACUUUUUCGACGCGCAAUUACACUUGCUGAACUCGACGCAAUCAAAUAUCACGGCGGCCAUUUCUCCCGUGGCAUCCACGGCUUUCAGUGCCCAAAUCGGCGCCAUCAACGGCACUACGUUCAAUUCCACGCAACUCGCGACGUUGAGGAGUCAGAUCGCAUUGGCCAAGUCCAAGGGCAUCCUGCCCAGAUACUGGGACACCCCCGGAUGGCCGAUCAGCACGAGGAACGCGGUCUGGGGAACAUUGCUCGAAGAAGGCGUGGGAUUGCUGAACGCCGAUGAUCUCCCCGCAGCGGCGGGCUUCGGUGCGUAUUACGGACUAUGGUAA